AUGUAUGGAGUUUUGUGUAGGUUCGGUAGCUCUUCAGUGCUGCUCCGUCGAUCAUGCUCACAAUCUGUAAGAACAAUCGAUAAACUUCCGGACAAGGUUCUGCAGCACAUAUUCUCCUAUUUAUCGCCGUAUCAAAUCCUACAAUCAGGCCAAGUUUGUAAACGAUGGCGGAGUGUCGCAUGCAGUCCAUUACUGUGGAAAUUUGUAUCAUUCAGACCAAAUUACGGUGGCAUUCAGGUGUCGAAUCAUGACUACUUUCUGCAACUGAUUGGCACCCAAUUUUCUGAACUUCGGAUUGUCGAACUUACAACAGAUCUGAUCACACCGAACGUACUCUAUGAGAUGGCGAAUAAAUGUCCACGACUUCAACAUCUCACCCUGGAUUUUUCAACGGCGAUGCAACUGCAUGACUUCACUGAUUUGCAAUCAUUUCCUUCACGUCUGCGAAGUUUAACCCUGUGCUUAUCCGAAAACAUUUUUCUCGAAGGAUUUCUGAGAAAAGUCUACACGUUCAUUUCUUCUGUGGAACUUUUGCAUAUUAUUGGAACGUAUGAGAAAGUAGAGGAUGAAGAAGAAGAGGUGUAUGAGACAGUCAACGUAUUCAAACUGAAGCAAUUCUUACCGAAUUUACGUGUGGUGAACUUGUGGGGAGUACCUUUCAUAGCAGAUGAACAUGUGGAUGCAAUUUCUUCCAAUUGUGCACAUUUGGAGUGCUUAUGUGUCAACUACUGCACAAAGGUAACCGGAUCAUGCUUAAGGCUUGUACUGCAACGCUGUCGGAAACUGAAAUCGCUUUUCCUUGCCCACACCAGUCUUGACAAUGCCACGAUAAAAGCGAUCGAAUGGGAAAAGACAAGGAUCGAAGAAUUGGAUGUGAAAGGUACCGAGCUGUCAUCGGAUACCCUGAUAUCACUCCUUACUCGUCUUCCUCAUCUUCGAUGGUUAGAUGCAAGCUGGCUGGAGAAUAUGACUGAUCAGGUAUUGGAGGCAUGGUUACAAUCAGGCGCGUUGGCGAAUCUUCAAUUUAUCAAUUUGGACACUUGUGAUUCACUGAACGAACAAGCACUGACCGAUAUGAUCGUUCGACAUGGGCCACAAUUACAAGGACUUUGUCUAGGUGGCCAGCAUAAACUUCUGGAGUACUUUUGGAUGAAUAUGAUUCCACAACUGAAAAAUAUAAGAGUUAUCGUCAUGGGGAUUGCCGAAGACUGUUGUCCCAAAGUUGCUGCCAAAAUCCAUGUCGAUCAAUUUAUCGAUUGUAUCGCUCAGAAUUGUCCUCGAUUAACACGAUUAGAAAUUCGAUGGGAUGACGAUACCCUGAGGUUUUCAGAUAAAUCGAGUAAAUUUAUUGACGUCUUGCGAAUGAAAUGUCUCAAACUGCAUUCGAUUGUGCUCAGCGAUGGACAGUACUACGAAUUGGUACGGUCGAAUUUUGAAAGGGCGGACCGAAUGAGCGUUGUAAGGACAACCGAGAUGUGCCGCACCGGUCUUUUGCAUUGCUCUCGGUUCUACAAUCAACUACUUUUCAACUAG